AUGGCGUCGACGUCCAACGUCCCUCGGCCUGGUCCUGCAAAGCUCGGUCCCAAUGCUGGGCUGGACGAAUGGUUGGAUGAGGCGAAGCAGUGCCACUACCUACCCGAGCGGGCCAUGAAGGAGUUGUGCGAAAAGGUCAAGGAGAUCUUGAUGGAGGGUUCGUCCCAAAAACACCCAGGGCCCUCCCGCCUACCGCCUCCCGUUUCCCGUGCCCCGCGGCUGACCAGUGCAGAGUCGAAUAUUCAACCGGUGUGCACACCCGUCACCAUCUGCGGCGACAUACACGGCCAGUUCUACGACCUGCUCGAGCUCUUCCGGGUAGCCGGCGGCAUGCCGGGCGAGAACAACAUCCAGUCUCCCCGGACGACGACGACGGUCAUCACGUCAGAGGACAUCGAGCCGCCGACGGAGAUUACGAACCCCAAGCUCCGGAAGAAGCUGCGGUCGCCGAUGGGUGCCGCUGGCGCUGCUGGUGCUGACGUCGAACAAGAUGGCGAAAAUGAUGGCGAGCAAGAUGGCGGGCAGGAUGCCAUUUCCGCCGACCUAUCCGGAGCCAACUCGACGGCGUCUUCCCAGAGCGCCGAGAACAGGUUCAUCUUUCUUGGAGACUUUGUCGACCGAGGCUACUUUAGUCUCGAGACCUUUACUCUCCUCAUGUGCCUCAAGGCCAAAUACCCGGACCGCAUCGUGCUCGUUCGGGGCAACCACGAGUCCCGCCAAAUCACACAAGUGUACGGCUUCUACGAGGAAUGCCAACAAAAAUACGGCAACGCGUCUGUGUGGAAGGCCUGCUGCCAGGUCUUUGACUUUCUCGUCCUUGCCGCCAUUGUCGAUGGGGAGGUCCUCUGCGUCCACGGCGGCCUCAGUCCCGAGAUCAGGACAAUCGAUCAGAUCCGGGUGGUGGCGCGCGCGCAGGAAAUCCCCCACGAAGGUGCUUUCUGUGAUCUCGUAUGGUCAGACCCCGAGGAUGUCGAAACGUGGGCCAUCAGCCCUCGUGGUGCCGGUUGGUUGUUUGGCGACAAGGUGGCGACCGAGUUCAACCAUGUCAACGGCUUGAAACUGAUCGCGCGAGCUCACCAGCUCGUCAACGAAGGCUACAAGUAUCACUUUGCGGAGAACUCGGUGGUGACGGUAUGGUCGGCGCCCAACUACUGCUACCGAUGCGGCAACGUCGCCUCCAUCAUGUCUGUCGACAAGGACCUGAACCCCAAGUUCAGCAUUUUCUCGGCCGUGCCUGAUGACCAGCGUCACGUACCAGCGAGCAGAAGAGGGCCGAGCGACUACUUUUUGUAA